AACAACAACCACAACAGCAACAACAACUAGCAUCACACAAAGACUACAAAAAAUCUCGAUAACAAAACUGCCAAUGUUGCCAACCAACCUGUAGACCUUGAAAGGCUCAAAAUAUUUCCUGCUCAAUCGAAAAUAUAUUCCUGCAGUCAGUCGACAAGAGUAAAAACUACAUAAAAAUGCAACUCAGCGUAAGGCUGAAAUCCAAUGCACCGCAUAGAUAGAGAAUUCACUUAGACAUUCCAACUAACUUAGCAGAGCCAAAAUCAACAACAAAAACAAAAGAAAAGAACGUUGUCAAAAUGCUUCAAAACACAAAUGCAGCGCGUUUCAUGGAAGCGAAACGCAAAAAUACUACAACAACGCACACACGGAUUUACGAAGAUACGCGCAGAGCCGGAACGGCGUUUAACUUUAUAAACAGACCCGGCCGCCUGCACAGCAGAUACGAUAACACUUGUCGUUUAACGAUCUUCCGCCAGCGAUUGCCACAUUUCAUGCUAUCGACAGCUGCCGCUUUGUUGGUGGUGAGCGCGUUGCUGCCGCGCAUGGCCGAGGCCUCCACACUGGAGAUCUAUAAGAACGCGCGACUUGGUCAUCGUAUUGUACAGACACGUUAUGGACGCCUGCAUGGCCUCAUCUUACCGUUGGACAAUUUCCGCUUUCUACGCUCGGUGGAGGUGUUUCUCGGCGUGCCAUAUGCGACGCCACCGACCAAACAAAAUCGGUUUAGUCCGACACGUGCGCCCGCACCCUGGGACGGCAUACGCAUUUCGGACAAAUACAGUCCGGUUUGUCCGCAGCGCUUGCCGAACAUACAAAACGAGACAGCGGCGAUGGAGAAAAUGCCCAAAGGACGCCUGGAGUAUUUGAAAAGGUUGCUGCCAUUUUUGGAAAAUCAAUCAGAAGACUGCCUCUACUUGAAUAUAUUCUCACCCAACAAUGCGGGCGCCAACGAGAAGAAGUUGCCCGUCAUUGUGUUCAUACACGGCGAGUCGUUCGAGUGGAGCAGCGGAAAUCCUUACGACGGCAGCGUGUUGGCGAGCUACGGCGAAGUGGUCGUUGUAACGCUUAAUUACCGCUUAGGAAUUCUCGGCUUCCUAAACGCCAACCCGAAUCCGCAGGCACACGCGCGUGUUGCCAAUUACGGACUCAUGGAUCAAAUGGCCGCGCUGCACUGGAUACAGCAGAACAUACAGAAAUUCGGCGGCGAUCCGAAUGCGGUCACCUUGGCGGGGCAUGGCACGGGCGCCGCAUGCAUCAACUUCCUCAUGACCUCUCCGACCAUGGUGCGUGGACUCUUCCAUCGCGCCAUACUCAUGUCCGGCUCGGCGUACUCGUCGUGGGCACUGGUUGAAGACCCCGUCUCAUUCGCUGUGAAGCUGGCCAAGGAGGUGAACUGUUCGAUACCGGAGGACUUGAAUAAGCACCACGAACAGAUCGUCGAUUGCCUGCGCGAAGUGCCGCUGGAGGAUUUGUAUGCUGCGGACAUACAAGCGCCGAACUUUCUGACUUCCUUCGGACCAUCGGUUGAUGGCGUCGUUAUACGACCCGGACACUCCAAUUUCGAUAUCGAUGAUUUAAUGAUGCGCAGCGCCAAACGCGCCUCAGCAGAUGGCGGUGGCGGCAGCAAUGGAUACUUCGGCGGCGGUGCUUACUCAGGUGGCCCUGGCGGAGGUGGUAGUGCCUCAGCCGGUGGUUCCAGUGGUGGUGGCAGUUCUGCAGGUGGCGUUUACUACAGCGCGUUAACGGCGAAUUACGCGAGCAUGAGCAGCGGUGCUAACCUCGGCUUGGGCGGCAAUGGCGCCCACUACGACGUUCUCUUCGGCGUGGUGACCGGCGAGUCCAUAUGGCGUUUCAGCGCGCACGACAUCCAGAACGGCUUCGAGGGCGAGCGGCGAGAUAAGAUUAUUCGCACUUACGUACGGAAUGCCUACAAUUAUCAUCUCAAUGAGAUUUUCUACACGAUCGUUAAUGAGUACACCGAUUGGGAUCGCACUUCGCAGCAUCCGAUCAACACGCGCGACACCGCCGUCGCAGCGCUAUCCGAUGCGCAAUUCGUGGCGCCCAUCAUACGUACCGGCGAUCAAUUGGCCGCCAAUUCGCCGCCACCCAUAUCGAGUAGUAGCAGCAGUUCGGGUGGCGGCACAGCUUCGGCAUCGACCGCUUCGGGUGCACAAUCUGGACGCUGUUACUUCUACGUUUUCGACUACCAGACGAAGGACGGUGAUUAUCCACAGCGCAUGGGCACAGUCCAUGGCGAGGACUUGCCCUACAUAUUCGGCGCGCCACUUGUGGAUGGUUUUAGUCACUUCCCGCAGAACUAUACGAAAUCGGAGAUUGCGCUGUCCGAGGCAGUGAUUAUAUUUUGGACGAACUUCGCCAGAACGGGCAAUCCCAAUGAACAUCACCGCCAGGACUCCGUGUUGCCGGCCUCCAAAGAGCGGAACCGCUUCCGCAGCACCACUUGGGAGAAUUACGAUCCGCUGCAUCAAAAGUAUCUCGAAAUCGGCAUGAAGCCUCGCAUCAAGAACCACUUUCGCGCGCAUCAGCUGUCGAUUUGGCUACGCCUCAUCCCAGAGUUGCAUCGCGCCGGCAUGGAGGAUGUCAUUACGCGUCACAAUUUAUUUAAAAAUCAUGAUGACAUGAAUUUGUACGAGGGGCCUGUGAAACCGGAUCCGUUCGCCUCGACACGCCUGCUGCUCAUCGAUGAUGCGCUGCUGCGAAAGGCUGGACGUGGCGGCAAUCUGACAGGCAGUUAUAUAAGCGGCGUCUUGGGCGUGACCACCGUGGAACCGAACAUGUUCACCACGUGCAUACCCGUCGGUGGCAAUUACACGCCCGGCGCUGGCGCAGCCACAAGCGGCGCGUUCGCACCCAACACACUAGCCAACUCGUCCAGCGACUCGCUGUCCUCCGGAUUUGAGGCAGCCGGCUAUGCGGCAUACUCCACGGCACUUAGCGUGACCAUCGCCAUUGGCUGCAGUCUACUCAUACUCAACGUGCUCAUAUUUGCUGGCGUGUACUAUCAGCGCGACAAGACGCGGCUGGAGGUGAAGACUCUGCAAAAGCAAUACCAGCAACGCAGCAUGCACCAGCAGGUGCCCUAUCCGCCCGACCCCAUCAAGCACGCACACUACCACAUGGGACAUUCCCAGAGCGCAAAUGUGAUUGUAGACGUGGAGAAUCAUGGCGGCGAUCCGGGCGCUAUGUUGCUGGCUGCCGCGGCAGCAGCGGCGAACGCAGCGGAUGUAAAGCCACCACCAUCGCAUAUUUGCGCGAACACCGGUAUGCAGCUGAGCGCGGCAGUGCAACAACAGCAACAGCAACAGGGUGGUGGUAGCAGUAUUGACCUCUGUGGCAUAUCCAAACAACAGCAACAACAACAACAAGGUGGUGCAAUUAUGGUCAGCGGGUCACCAGACAUUUCCGCCGGACUGAUGGGUGGUGGUGGCAGUUGCAACGUAACCUACAGCACAACAACUAAACAGCAACAGCAACAGCAGCAGCAGCAACAACAACAACAGCACAUGCAACAGCAGCAACAACAACGUGAGCACAUGCAAAUCAAAGGCAUGAACUCACAAACAUUCGGACGCAUCGCGACCAGCGGCAGUGGCGGUGGCGGCGGCGCCGUUACAAUGACCAGCAAUCUCGCUUACAAUGCCGGCAUGAUGACGCUGCCCAAGGCAAGCGCAUUACAUCACACCAACUCGAUAAACUACGGACGCAAUCCAGGUGGCGGAGCUGGUGGUGGCGUCAACUCUGGCAAUAGCGGUGGUGGCGGUAGCAUGACCGCGGCACUGCUCGACUCACGUGGCAAUUUAUUGCUAACUAGUGGCGCAGGUGUCUCCAUGGGCGAUUGCAUGACAUUGCCCAGAAAUCUAGCUGCUUCUGCAGCACGGCAUAGUGCCGUGGCAGAUGCACAACAGCAGCAGCAACAACAAUAUCAACAACAACAAGUUAGUGGUAAACAUCAACCGAACGGCAGUGUUAUGACCGGUGUGGCACCACAACAACAACAUAUACGAGCGCCACGACCACCAAUACGCACAGCCUCCUCUGCGCCAAGCGGUGGCGGCGGCAGCGUAGGUGGUGUCACCAGUGGAGGCAUAGUGGUUGGCGGCAAUGGUGGCAUCAUAAACAAUCUCAUCGAUCAGACGCCAUCGAAUGGCAGCAGCAGCAGCGGCGUCAGCAGUGCGCCCUCCAGCAAAGGUCACUCGCACCAUCAUCUGCAUGCGCAUGCGCACGCGAAUACCGUCGGCGACAGCAUCGGCAUGACGAGCGCCUCCUCAAGCGGUGGCGGCGGCAGCGCUGGGGGCAGCAACACACAUCUGCAGCAACAAGUGCCACAGGCGGCGAUCGAUGAGAUGCGCGUCUGAUAGGUGUCGGUGUUCGAGCUGGAAUUAUAGUCUUCUUGCUCAAGUGAUAAGCUGAAUACGGACAUGCACGAAGAGGAUUUCACAGCACACGAACAACCAGAAAAGCAAGAUGCUGAAGGCCUACCAUUCAGUCAGCAGGCAAUGGACUUGCAGCGCCUGCAAUACGCGCAUUUGACAU